AUGGAAGCUUCCACCACAACAGACCACGAUAUUCCGGGUAUCUUGCGUAUGCCUUUGGAGCUUCUCCAGCUAGUCACUCGCCAUCUUACCACGCCCGACUAUGGACACCUUCGCCAGACCUGCAAGCAUCUCGAUGCCGCUCUCUACGGUGGCUUCACCAAGGAGUUCUUUAGGAAGAAGCAAUUCAUGCUCUCUCCAUUUAGCCUGCAAGCUCUGAUCGACAUUUCGAAUUCAAGACUUGCAAAUGGCUUGCAGCAUGUCAUCAUAGGGACGGAGCGGCCCUUGGAGACAGACCGAUAUGUCUCAUCUCUAGGCUUUGGCGCCCAUUCACCUCUGCAGAGGAACAGCUUUGUCAGGCAUCUUGAAGACCAUUUAGCCCUUCUUUCCUGUGGAUACGACAUCCAGAUGAUGUCUGAGGCUUUUGCUAAACUGGCCAACCUGGAGAUUGUCGAAAUUCGUGAUUUUGCUUCCAGUCGCCCUCGGGACGGUACGACUUGGAAGAGCUAUGGCUUCGCUACGUUCCAGACAGAGACCGGCUUGACAGUCAGCCGUCGCGCGCUGGUCCAUCAUCCCAACGUGGACCAAGACUAUUCCACUCGCCUGUUCCAGAACAUCCUGCGAGCGUUGGGCAAAGCAAAUGUUCGACCGAAACGGCUCGAGGUUAAUACCCGGCAUAGUACCAGUGGUCUCGUCGACAGAGCCUUCAAGGUCCAAAAGUUUGACGAGUCUCAAGUCAUUCCGGUUCUCGCCGGCUUGGAGGCUAUUCAUCUCGACUUUUCCCACAGCGAAUUAACAACAUUGGUUGCUAGCCAGGAAGGGCCCGGCGACCUCCCUUGCGCUUUGUUUCACCUUCGGAAGUUUCUCUCUUUGCUUCACAGCUUGAGAACUCUCCGACUCAACUUUCAAGCGAUGAACUCCGACACGGAAACACACUUAUUUCUGGACUGGUUCCAGUCACCUCUCCCAUUAGAUAUGCCCACAAGUCCGAUUCAACAUGACCCCGGCAGUCUGCCUCAAGCUCCACCACCUGUGCUUCUCGAAAAGCUUGAGCAACUGGAGAUUGGAAAAGUGGCUGUACGACUGGAUACCCUCGUGGGUAUCUUUGAAAAGUACAAGAAAACUCUGAAGAAUGUCCAGCUACACAGAGUGGGAAUCAAAGAUCCAAACCCAUUGGAGAGCAAAACCAAUCAGUGGGCAAUAUUUUUCAGACGAAUGGCACAGCUAGACUUGAACAUCAACUCUUUGACCAUGAGCCACCUAUACCAGUCCAGACAAGGAUUCCCUACUUCAUUGGCUCUGGAGUUCAAAGAUACAAAACCUUCUCACACACGGAAGUGGCGCGGACACGACCUACGUGGAGCUCUCAAGGAUUUUGUCCAGCACGCUCAAGUUGACUGGCCACCGGAGCCUCAAUCAGACGAUGACGAUGACGGAUCUGAGAACAGUAUGGAAGACUCUAUGGAUGAGUAUGAUGAUGUUGAUGAUACCUGA